UCGGCAUUAGCUCUUCGCCAGCUUUCGACGGUGUCAGAUAUUUUUGUUUGUUUUUUUAGUGAAUAAUAGAACAUUUGUAUGCCAUCGAGAUAAUUUAGCGCGUACAUUUUUAUUUGCGGCCAUCUGUGCCAUUUUUGGUAUCCUUUCAUUUGCAAUCGUAUACUCUAUUUCCGUUACCUAAUUUCUGGAGCCAUUUAAAAUGACUAUUCAACUGCCAUUCUAUAAUAGGUCGAGCCAGGAUCAAAAACAAUCCACCAGUAUGCAUAAGGUAGUAGCUAAUGAUCCCAAAACUGCCGACGAUAGUGAUGGUUUAACCUGGGAAUACGUUGAGGAAAGCAGAUCAACACUUGCUUCUUGGUGCAAACCUUCCUAUAUUCCGAUCCUACUAACUUUCAUUCUGAUUGUGUUAGUAGUUUUACUCCCUUUGGUGGAUCACAAUGAAAGACAGUUUGAUUCACGAUCGAAAUCGAAGGACUACCGGCAAGAUAUGUGUAAUGAAGGCUGCAACAUUCAGCUUGUUGAAAGCAUACCCGAAGGACUUGUGUAUCCAAAAGGAAGCCCAGCUUUCAUGUCGACAUACGAUGCCUGGAAAAAUUUAAUUGAUAUGGCAACAGAUACUAUCGAGAUCGGAUCCUUCUAUUGGUCCCUACGAAGGGAGGAUGUUUAUAACCACUCCAGUGCAUGGCAAGGGGAAGACAUCUUCAAGAAAAUAUUGCAGACUGGCACCGAUAAAAAGAUCACUAUAAAGAUUGCUCAAAGCAUUCCUACGGCGGCAAAUCCUUGUACAGAUACUGAAAUUUUAUCAAAACGCAAGGCGGCUGAAGUACGAUCUGUAGAUUUUCCUCGAUUGGUGGGUGGAGGCGUUCUGCAUACUAAGUUGUUAGUUAUUGAUCGCAGUAACUUCUAUGUGGGUAGUGCAAACAUGGACUGGCGUUCGUUGACUCAAGUUAAGGAGCUUGGUGUGCUUGUCACAAAUUGUUCAUGUUUGGCGCAAGACAUAGUGAAAAUGUUUGAGGUAUACUGGGAUAUGGGUCAGCCAAAUGCUGAAAUCCCUAACAAGUGGCCGGAGGCAUACGCAACAAAAUAUAAUGCGAAUUCUACGCUUGCCGUUGAAUACAACAGCAAGUUCAAGCUGAACACUUAUUUUUCGAGCUCUCCACCACCAAUGACGACAAACGGUCGCACCCAUGAUAUUGAUGCAAUUUUGGAUGUCAUACAUCGUGCCGACAAAUUUAUUCAUAUAUCAGUUAUGGAUUAUUUUCCACUAACUUUAUACACUGCUAAGCCAGAAUUCUGGCCGGUAAUCGAUGACGCCAUACGCCGGGCAGCUCUUGAACGAAAGGUAACCAUUCGCUUGCUGAUUUCGUUCUGGAAACAUUCGCGCGCUUCGGAACAGUACUUCCUCAACUCCUUACAAGCCCUGUCAGAAUCUCUGGACGGAGUUUCGAUUGAAGUACGCCGGUUUAUUGUACCCGCCAGUGACGAUCAGGCCCAGAUUCCAUUCGGCCGAGUUAACCACAACAAAUACAUGGUGACCGACAACACCGCGUACAUUGGAACAUCCAAUUGGUCCGGUGAUUACUUCAUCGACACGGCCGGUAUCGGAUUAGUGAUGUCAACAUUCGAAACCGAUGGCACCAUUGUGCGAGAUUUACAAGCCGUGUUCGAAAGGGACUGGAGCAGCAAAUAUGCGAUGUCGUUCGAUUAAUUGCGCUCAAAAUUUGGCAUAAAAAAAAUCCAAAUUCUAAAAUCUGGCGACACAAACAAGUAACAAAAGCAAAAAAUAAGAUCUCUUCUGUAAAAAUAUUUCCGAUCGCAGGAGUAAUUGUAAUAACUUUCUAUUUUUAACUCGAUCAUCUUCAACAGCCAUACAGAAAAAAUCAAACUAGAGAAUUUUUAAGGUUUAUAAAUUCCAUUCUAAUGUCUUUCUGAUAAUGGUUGGUUGAAAUUUUAUUAUGCGAAACUCAUUUCUCUUUUACAAUAUUAUUCGACAUUAUUUUUAGGAUAACUGGCUGUUAUUAUUUGUAAUAAAAAAGAACUCAAAGCUUG